ACUUCUCUCUCCAAUCUCCAAAUCCUUCCUUCACGUAUACUCUCUAUAUCUCUCUAGAUUCGUCCGCGUCUCCGCACAAGAAUCCAGAGAUCAAAACACUCAAUUUUCUUUGUUUCAGCCUGGACCGAAAUAUCUGUUUGCAGAAUCAGACCAAAAUCUUCCGUUCAUCAUUUCUCGAGCUCCUCUGCUGUUAGAUUUGAUUUCAUGGUUUUCCUAAAACAGAAGUACAGAUUCUACGGACUAAGGUGGCACAGUGAAGUUAAGCUGUCAAACAUUCAAGCUGCUCCUUUUAAGGCGGCCCAAGUUGUUAAUCUUCUUCUUUCUUAAGGCUUGAAGGGUUCAAAGUUGAAGUCUUUUUGGGUUUUCUCUUUCCUGAUAUUUCUUCGUUUCAUUGCAAAUGUCUGCUUCAACAUCUGGGGAGAAACUCCAUGUACUUGCCGUGGAUGAUAGUGUUGUUGACAGAAAAAUGAUUGAGAAAUUGUUUAGAAGCUCUUCUUUUAGAGUGACAACUGCAGAGAGUGGGACUAGAGCAUUGGAAUUGCUGGGUUUGGACAAAGAAAGUUCACAUUGUCAGGAGCCAAAGGUGAAUAUGAUAAUCACUGAUUACUGCAUGCCAGGGAUGACAGGAUUUGAUCUUCUCAAGAUUGUAAAGGAAUCAUCAAACCUGAGGGGAAUUCCAGUCGUUAUCAUGUCUUCUGAGAAUGUUCCCACCAGAAUCAACAGAUGCUUGGAAGAAGGAGCAGAGGAGUUCUUGCAGAAGCCACUCAAGCGAUCUGAUGUUUCACGCUUGCAUAGCCACAUGAUGCGGAUAAAUCAGGUUGGCUGAUAUAUGAGUUCUCGUACUAAACAGUUUUUCUCCCCUUUUUGGGGGUUAAAAUUUAUAACCGGGUAAAUAGUAAUUUCAAUCAUCCUUUUUAUGCUGUAUGGGUGCUUUCUUGACGGUUGAGAUCUUCUUAAUCUUUUUUAUUUAUUUUCUUUA